GCGGCGAGUGGAGCGGGAGCCGACUGGAAGAAGGGCACUAGGGAGGGGGCUGUGGCUGCUGGGGUCCGAGGUAGGGCCGGGUACACCAGCCCCAUCACUGUUUGCAGAGAGUCAGGGAGGCGGAAAAGACACGCGCUCUAGGUCCCCAUCAGGGCGCAUGGCCUGGGCCCAUCCCCCGCGCGUCUCCUCGGCUGCGGGGCGCGGGGGGCUGCCGGGUGCGCUUGGCUGUGGCGCGGCGCAUUGGAGACUUUAUUGCGAUGGGACGAUAAGAGGGGCGGGGGCGGGGUCCUGGGGGCCGAGGCGGCAGCGCUUUAAUUAAAACGGAAAUUGCGGCCCCUGGCCGCGCGGGGGCCGGAGGGUUCCAAGCGGCCCCUUAGCUGGAAGCGUUUCUCCAGGACCCCCCCAACCCCCGCCACGCCCGGGCUGCCCCCUCCCGCCAGGCCCUGCAGGACCCGGCGCCGUCUUCUCCUCCUUGUCACCCGCGGUCGCUUCGGGCGGGGAUCGGUGCCACCGAGCGCAAAGCCUGCCUCGCCCCCCUUCCCCGUCCCCCCCAUCUCCCACCGCCCAGUCCCCGGCGGCGAUGAGACAGAGCGGCGCCUCCCAGCCCCUGCUGAUCAACAUGUACCUGCCAGAUCCCGUCGGAGACGGUCUCUUCAAGGAAGGGAAGAACCCGAGCUGGGGGCCGCUGAGCCCCGCGGUUCAGAAAGGCAGCGGACAGAUCCAGCUGUGGCAGUUUCUGCUGGAGCUGCUGGCUGACCGCGCGAACGCCGGCUGCAUCGCGUGGGAGGGCGGUCACGGCGAGUUCAAGCUCACGGACCCGGACGAGGUGGCGCGGCGGUGGGGCGAGCGCAAGAGCAAGCCCAACAUGAACUACGACAAGCUGAGCCGCGCCCUGCGCUACUACUACGACAAGAACAUCAUGAGCAAGGUGCAUGGCAAGCGCUACGCCUACCGCUUCGACUUCCAGGGCCUGGCGCAGGCCUGCCAGCCGCCGCCCGCGCACGCCCAUGCCGCGGCCGCAGCUGCUGCCGCCGCCGCCGCCGCCCAGGACGGCGCGCUCUACAAGCUGCCCGCCGGCCUCGCCCCGCUGCCCUUCCCCGGCCUCUCCAAACUCAACCUCAUGGCCGCCUCGGCCGGGGUCGCGCCCGCCGGCUUCUCCUACUGGCCGGGCCCAGGCCCCGCCGCCACCGCUGCCGCCGCCACCGCCGCGCUCUACCCCAGUCCCAGCUUGCAGCCCCCGCCCGGGCCCUUCGGGGCCGUGGCCGCAGCCUCGCACUUGGGGGGCCAUUACCACUAGACGGGGCGGUCGGGUGCCUGCGGCCUCGCCCGCACUCCCAAAGUCUCGCCCGAUCCCAUCUGCAUCCCGGGGAGGGGCCCGGGAGCCUCCGCCAACUGUCCUCUAAUCCAGAGUUUACUCCACCUGCCGCACUUAGCAGGUGGACGGGACCGGAGCUCCCUCAAUCCUUGUCUGAUACUAGAUUUGCUCCCGUCCCACCCCGCAGUCCCCUGAGGAGGGCGAUGUGCGCCCUCUUUCACUUUUUUUCUUCUCGGUCUCCAGGUCCCGGAGGGGAUUUGUGGGCCUCUGUUGUCUCCCCACCACUCCAGUGCAUUUCCGCCUGGCUCCUUGAAGCCCCAUUCAAUAUCACUUCUCUUUAUCAAGUGCCAAAUCUUUUCCCACUUUUGCUCUUCCCCAAGGAACUGCUCCCACCCCAGCACGUGGAGGCCUCUCACGGUCCUCCUUCCUGUGACCUGAGCAGGUUUGGUGAAAGCCACCGUCCUCCAUGACACACGGCCCCCUUCCUCCUGUCCCCACACUCGCAGGAAGGCCCAGUGUGUUUCUGACCCUUUCCCCAUUAAAGCUCCUGAGCUCUC